AUGUUUCUUACUAACCCCUAUCGCCCCAUCACCCCUGCCUUGCUCUCUGCACCCUGUGUUCCUUUCCCCAUCGCCCCAUCACCCCUGCCUUGCUCUCUGCACCCUGUGUUCCUUUCCCCAUCGCCCCAUCACCCCUGCCUUGCUCUCUGCACCCUGUGUUCCUUUCCCCAUCGCCCCAUCACCCCUGCCUUGCUCUCUGCACCCUGUGUUCCUUUCCCCAUCGCCCCAUCACCCCUGCCUUGCUCUCUGCACCCUGUGUUCCUUUCCCCAUCGCCCCAUCACCCCUGCCUUGCUCUCUGCACCCUGUGUUCCUUUCCCCAUCGCCCCAUCACCCCUGCCUUGCUCUCUGCACCCUGUGUUCCUUUCCCCAUCGCCCCAUCACCCCUGCCUUGCUCUCUGCACCCUGUGUUCCUUUCCCCAUCGCCCCAUCACCCCUGCCUUGCUCUCUGCAUCCUGUGUUCCUUUCCCCAUCGCCCCAUCACCCCUGCCUUGCUCUCUGCACCCUGUGUUCCUUUCCCCAUCGCCCCAUCACCCCUGCCUUGCUCUCUGCACCCUGUGUUCCUUUCCCCAUCGCCCCAUCACCCCUGCCUUCCCCUCACCUCACCCCAACAGGCGGGGCAGGGGGCAGCAGUGUAUCUGGACACGGGCAACGUCUUUCCUCCUAACCCCUGCCGUCCCCUCUCUGCACACUUGGUUUCCCGAGCCACCACUGCUCUAACCAACUGCACCUUCCACGGCAACAGGGCGGCCAGUCAGGCGGGGGCGCUGCACUUCAUGCCGUACGGCCCGCUCUCCGUCACCAACUGCUCCUUCUCCAACAACUCCGUGUUACUCGCCCAGGGCGGUGCAAUCAACGUCUACCCGGGCUUGUCACCAGUGGACAUAACCGGCAGCCGUUUUGAGGGCAACACGGCGGGGCUAUCCCGGGGAGGUGCUGUCUACAGCGAGAGCACGGAGAUGCGUUUCACUGACGUGCUCUUCCAGGGGAACGAGGCUGGCUUACAAGGCGGGGCUGUCACAGGUGGGUGUGGUAGCGAGGGCACGGAGAUGCGUUUCACUGACGUGGUCUUUCAGGGGAACGAGGCUGGCCUGCAGGGCGGAGCCGUCACAGCCUACAGGGCGGAAUCUGAAGGCAAGCCUGCCACAGUGACCUUCACCAGAUGCACCUUCCAGGGCAACCGGGCGGCGCUGGGGGGAGGUGCUAUCUACUCGGGGCUGAGCGUGGGCAUGCGCGUGGAGGGGAGUCGAAUCGAGGAGAAUGAGAGUGCUGGCAUGGGAGGGGGGAUGCUCAUACAAGAGUUUUCCAAAGUGACUAUGACGAACUGUGACUGUGUGAACAACAGAGCAUCCACUGGAGGGGGUUGCCUCUCCCUCCUAGCCAACGCCACAGCCCGCCUCUUCUCCUCCCGCCUCAACCUCAACCGGGCCACCAGCGAAGGAGGAGCUGCCCGGAUCAGCGGCGCGGCCACUCUCUCUCUGCUCGCCUGCAACGUCUCUCAAAACUCUGCCCCCUGGGGAGGCGCCGUGUGGGUGGAGAUGGAAGCAAGGCUCCAGGCAGAAAACAACACAGUGUUCUCCGGUAACCGCGCGGACUAUAUGGGGGGCGUGGUGUACGCGACGCAUGUAUCGGAUGUGACUGUAUCGAUUAGUUCUUUUACCGGGAACUACGCGCUGCAUGGCGGGGCGAUCGCGGCCGAAGCCGAGGCGAAUGUCACGGCGGUUGAUUCGGCGUUUUCUGGGAAUGCUGUGUCAGCGGUGCUGCUGCAGGGGCUGGCAGAUGGACGCUUCACCAGGUGUACCUUCUCUAGGAAUAGGAACCCAGCAGGGACAGGUGGCGCGCUGCGAUUGGCCGACGGGGUUGCUGCGGUGGUGGAGGGGAGCAGGUUCGAGGGGAACGUGGCGGAGCUGGGCGGAGGCUUGGCAGUGGACGGGCAGGCUCGGCUGGACCUAACCUCAGGUUCGGUGUUCAGUGGGAAUUCUGCGCAGGUGGGAGCAGGAGCGGCGUUUGUAGGGACUGCAGUGGUGAAUGUAUCGGGAUGUGCUUUUAAGGGGAACAACGCGAGUGUGGCGGGAGGAGGGGUGGCUGUGCUAGAGCAAGCGUCAGGGGGGGUGGGAGGGAGCGAGUUCAGUGGGAACUAUGCGGUGCUGGGCGGUGCAGGGGUGUACGUGCUGCGGUUCCCCCUGGGUGCCUCAGAAGCAGCAGAAAAAACAGGGGCAGCAGGCUCUGGCGGAGCAGGUGGCUCAGGUGGAAAUUCAGGUGGAGGCCGGCAGUUACAGCAGCAGGGGCAGCAGGGGCAGGGACAGGGGCAGCAGCAGCAGCAGCAGCAGCAGCAAGGGCCGGGGCUGGGGCAGCAAGGUGAGGGGCGGCUGGUGGUGAAGCAGCUGAGCUUUGAGGGCAACAGCGCGCUGUACCGGCAGGCAGCGGCCUUCUUUGAGGCCACUACCCACCGCCACCUCCGCUCGCUCUGUGAGGGGUGUGCGUUCCGAGGGGCGGGCGACACCCAAGGCACCAUGCCCGCUGGCUUCUCCAUUAAGUGGCCGGGCAGGGAGGAGGACUCCAGCAUGGUGAAUGCAAGGGGCGAAACCUUUGUGGUGCGGGCAGCAGUGGGGGCGCGCAUAGAGGGGCUGCAGGUGCUUGUCUUGGAUGCCCUCAACCAGAGCGUGGCGCAGGACAGCACGUCUCUGGCUGCCGUGUCGCCGGAUAGUCGCAUCAGUGGCGACCUGAGAGGCACUGCCGCCGAUGGCGUCAUCACCAUUCCUUCGAUUGGCAUCCAGGUGACACCAGAGGAAGCCCAGUCGUUCGAGGUCACAGUCACCCUUUCAUCGCCGUCGAACGCCUUUCCCCCCGUCACCCGUGCGUUCAACAUCUCCUUCUGCUCUGCGGGCGAGUUCCUCAAUACCUCCUCGCUCACCUGCGACGAUUGCUUAGUUGGCCACUGGUGUGAGGCGGGGCAGCCCAUGCAGCCCUGUCCGGACGGGUUCUUCUCCUUCUACCCGCGGGCCACCUCCCCCUCCCAAUGCACUCCCUGCACCGACGACAACCUCGACUGCACCUACGGCAUCCUCACCGUGGGGUACCAGAGCUGGCUGGACCUGCAGUCUCUGAAUAACACCCCUACGACGUACAGCUGUCUGGUGGCGGAUGGGUGUGUGGGGUACGAGUACAACGAGCAGUGGGGGCAGACCACUGCCCAGGGAGUCAUGGUGCAGUGCCAGCAGGGCUACGACGAGUCCAUCCCCACGUGUGCGGGGUGUGUGGACGGCUAUUUCCUCGUGCUGCAGCAGUGCACUCAGUGCAGCAGCACUCUCACGAGGGUUUUCCCACUGCUGCUCAUCCUGGUCAUCCUAGCGUGGAUGGGAAUGAACAUUCUCGCCGACACAUUCAGCAGCAUGGACAUCUUUCUCAAUGAUCUCCAACUGCUAGUCAUGAUCGCCUCUUUCAACCUCAACUACCCUGACCGCUGGGUGCAGACUCUCGUGAAAAUCUACAACUUUGCAGUAUUUGACCCGGACGCCAUCGGCCCGCAGUGCAUAUUCAACUACACAUUCAUCUCCAAGUUCUACCUGGGGAUCUUCAUCCCCGUUAUAGGCCUCUUCGUUUACGCGCUGCUGUACGCGCGGCACCGCUGGUGGGGUGGCACCACGUGGAUGCACAUCUACUCGUGGACCCGCGGGCCCAACCCCCAGGCACGCCUCAUGCGCUCGGUGACAAGGAGGAGAGCUUAUAACGAGUAUGAGAACUCGAUCGUGCACGCGUCGCUCAAGUGGCUGGACCUGUGCUACGUCUCAGUGAUGGUCCGCGUGCUGUCUGUCUACAAGUCAAUGACAGUGGGAGACGCGGUGCUGAUGUUAGCAGCGCCGCAGAUAGCAUGGUUUUCAUCGGCGCACAUCGGCAUGUUCACCUCCAUGACAGUGGGGGACGCGGUGCUGAUGGCAGCAGCGCCGCAGAUCGCAUGGUUUUCAUCGGCGCACAUCGGCAUGUUCACCGUGUCGCUGCUCGUCUCCAUCGUCUACCUCCUCGGCCUGCCCCUCUUCUUCGCCGUCCUGCUGCUCGACGCACACGCCUCCGACGCCCUCUCCUCCAACCUCUUCCGCCAGAGGUUCGGGUGGCUCACGGAGCGGUACAAGCGCGACUUCUGGUGGUGGCAUCUGGUGACAAUGGUGCUGCGCCUGGUUCACGCGCUCGUGCUUGUGUUCCUGCAGCAAGACACUCGCGCGCAGAUCGUGAUCAUCCUCCUGCUCCAAGCACUGCGGAUCGGCUCACAGUACAAGUCGUCGCCGCUCGCCUCACUCUCCCUCGACUAUCUCCAAGCCUUCCUCUCGCUGGGUCACUUCUUCUUCACCCUCGGCCUGCUCUGCUUCAACUACAUCAAACUCCCCGCCUUCUCCCAGGCUGUCUUCGCCCUCUCCUCCCUCCUCAUCCUCGCUCCCGCCGCCUUCUCCCUCGUCUUCGAAGCAAUCAACAAGGACUUAGAAAUAGUAAACCGGCAGCUGUUAAACCGAGUGUGGAAGGGCGAGCGGCGGAGAAAUAAAGCCAAGUAUGACAAAAUGGACCCGUAUGACUUAGUCCCGCCGCAGGAGAUUUCUGCGUGGUUCCGCCCGCACGUCGUCUUCCCGCUUCUCUUAGCUAAGCGCGCGCACGAGCGGAAACUUCUGCUGAAAGUUCGCGACCGCGUGCAGACAUGUAAGCUAGCGGGAAUGGCGCCAGUGGAUUGGGUGAGUCAUCUGAACAAGCCGCAGUUAUACGCGGUCUUGAGAGCAAACAGUGCUCUGCCUUCCAGCACGGUGCAGCACGGCAUGCAUGGUGCUUCUGGUGCUGCUGGUGCUGCUGGUGUGUCGCCCAUACACGGUGUGUCGCCCAUACACGGGGUGUCGUCGUCGCCGUCGCUGGCGCUGCAUGGCAUGUCGCCGCUUGCCCCAGCAGCAGCAGGAGGACCUAGCAUGUCGCCGCUUGCCCCAGCAGCAGCAGGAGGACCGGGUGCGUCCCCCCUGUCUCGUGUGUCGGGUCCUGGAACAGACGUGGAGGGAGGAGGAGGAGAGUCCCCCCUCUCAUGGGCGCUGCAAGGUGGAGGAGGAGGAGCAGGAGGAGGAGGGGCAGGAGGAGCAGGAGCAGGAGGAGGAGGAGGAGGAGAAGGAGGGGGAGGAGGCAUGGAGAAUGGAGGGAUGGGGCAAGCGAGGACAGAGAGCAUCAAGGUGCAUGGGCUGGUGUCAUGGGCACAGGCAGGUAGCGAGGGUACUGGGGGUGGGGAGAAAUUCGAGAGGCUGGGUGGUGAUGGCGCGGAGGGAGGCCAUGGAGGAGGAGGAGGAAGAAAUGGAGGAGGAAUCGAGGUUCAAAGAGAAGGGGAGGGGGGAGUGGAAGGCGAAGCAGGGGGAAGGGGCGGAGGAGGAGCGGGAGGAGCAGGGGGGGAAGCAGGUGGGGGAGAGGGAGGGGGAGAGGGAGGGGGAGUGGAGUACGUGGAAGCAAAGAUGAACAUGGCAGAGCUGACUCUCACCUUCCAGCGCCACCUCUCUGUGCUCGUGAGGGCGGAGAAGACCAAGAAGGAUGGGUCCCUGCGCCUGCUCUUGCAGUCCGAAUGCAUCCCGGAUAUUCUCAGCUGGCUCACCAGCUCUGACUGCGCCCAGGCAGAUCAGAUGCUUUUAAGGGAGCUGGUGCUGGCGGUGCGAGUGGCAGUGAGAGAGUGGCGCAGCACUAUAAGAGACUGGCAGGCUGAACUGGUUUCGUGGUGUGCGGUGCUUUUACCCUGUCAUACACCCAUCAUCCCCCCCAUCCUCUAUGCACCCCCUCGCCCUCCUGUCUCCCUUUCCCUCCUGCAGCGCCCAGGCGAAUCAAAUGCUUUUGAGAGAGCUAAUGCUGGCGGUGCGAGUGGCAGCGUUAGAAGAGACCGGAGGGCUGGACUGGUUCCGCGGCGUGUGGUGCUUCUAUCCACCACUCAACCCUCCUCUCCUCAUGGUCCCAUCCACACUACCCUCAUUUCUCCCUCUCCCUCCUGCAGUGCCCAGGCGGAUCAGGUGCUUCAAAGGGAGCUGGUGCUGGCAGUGCGGGUGGCAGCACUGGAAGAGACCGGAGGGCUGGACUGGUUCCGUGAUGUGCGGUGCUUGUGCGCACCCCUCCCAAUCCCUCCUUUCUCCCUCUGCCUGCGCAGUGCCCAGGCAGAUCAGGUGCUUCAAAGGGAGCUGGUGCUGGCGGUGCGAGUGGCCGCACUGGAAGAAACCGGAGGGCUGGACUGGUUCCGUGAUGUGCGGUGCUUGUGCGCACCCCUCUCCUCUCUCCCCCUUCUCCCUCCUUACUGGAUGCAGCGCCCAGGCAGAGCAGAUCAGAUGCUGCUGAGGGAGUUGGUGCUGGUGGUGCGAGUAGCAGCUCUGGAGGAGACUGGCGGACUGGACUGGUUCCGUGACGUGUGGUGCUUUUACCGCAACCCUAAACUCUCCUCUCUCUCCCUUUCCCUGUCCAUGCAACCCACACCACCUCUUCUCCUCUGCAGCGCCCAGGCAGAUCAGAUGCUUUUAAGGGAGCUGGUGCCUGCGGUGAGAGUGGCAGCUCUGGAGGAGACAGGUGGGCUGGACUGGUUCCGCGGCGUGCGCGCCCAGGCGGAUCAGAUGCUGCUGAGGGAGCUGGUGCUGGCAGUGCGGGUGGCAGCACUGGAAGAAACCGGCGGGCUGGACUGGUUCCGCGGCGUGCGGUGCUUCUACCGCAACCGAUUCGCGUUCGUCAACAAGGGGAGAAGCAAGGGGAAAGGGGGGGAUAAGGGGAAGAGCGGGGGGAAAGGGAAGGGAUUGGAGGGGGGGACGGGUGGAGGGGAGAACGGUCAGGCUGGUGGGGGAGGCAGCCAGGCUAAGGGCCUUCUGGGGUGGUUUCAACGAGGUGAUAAGCAGACAGCUGAUGGUGCUGCUGCUGCUGAUUCUGAUGCUGCAGCUCCUUCAUCUAGUGCCUAUGGGAGCAAGGGCAACCUGCUUUGA